CUCCCAUCGUCCCUUGCGGCGCAGUGUCAAACAUGGCACCCGUCGCGCGGACAAAAGGCGAAUCUGUCUGACGGCGGGCUGAAGCCCAAAUACAAUCCAGAGAAGACGUUUUUUCGAGGAAAAUUAACAUCAUACGGUUUGCCCAGGCUCCGUUGAGGCAACCUAUAAGACCGCAUGUUACAACUAAAAUCUGUGGAGGACUGUCUACUGGAAUAAGCAAGGAUGUUCCAGCAUUGUGAAGAGCCUCGCUUCACCAUCGAACAGAUCGACCUCCUCCAGAGGCUCAGGAGGACAGGCAUCGGCCAGGCUGAGCUCUUCCAUGCCCUGGACACUUUGGAGCACCUGGACCGUCCCCACAGGCACACCUCAAACCACCAAACCUCUUCCUACGCCCCGCCUUCGUAUUCCACCGCGGCCACUCAGACAGUCUUGUCCGAUAGCCGCCUAUCGCCGACUAGCUUUGAUGUCACCUUGCCUGUAGCCAUGGCAACGGUAGCACAGACCAACGGGAAGAUGUCGCCGCUGACCAGAUUUCCUCUGGUGGGCGGUGGCGUGGUGGGCUUUGGGUUUGAGGCGGGCGAUGAUGACGUCGAUGUGGAUGAGAAAGUGGAAGACUUGAUGAGGAGAGACAGCGGCGUCAUGAAGGAGGAGAUCAAGUGCUUCCUGGCCAGCAGGCGCAUCUCCCAGGCCGUGGUCGCACAGGUGACGGGAAUUAGUCAGAGCCACAUAUCCCACUGGUUGCUGCAGCAAGGAUCCGACCUCAGCGAGCAGAAGAAACGAGCCUUCUUUAGAUGGUAUCAGCUGGAGAAGAGCAGCCCUGCUGACGCCCGGGAAGAGGCGGAACGCCUCGGCGCGCCCCUGGUCUCCGGGAGAAGGCGUGGGGUCUGGCUCCGGUCCAACACAUCACCGCCCACAUUCACACUUGCCCCGGGGGGCUUUCGCCUGCGCCGGGGGAACAGAUUUACCUGGAGGAAAGAGUGUUUGGCCGUCAUGGAGAGCUACUUCAGUGACAAUCAAUAUCCCGACGAGGCGAGGAGGGAGGAAAUCUCCAUGGCCUGCAACGCUGUCAUUCAAAAACCAGGGAAAAAGCUUCUGGACUUUGAGAAGGUGACGUCUCUGAAGGUGUACAACUGGUUCGCCAACCGCCGCAAGGACAUCAAGAAGCGCGCCAACAUUGAAGCUGCCAUCUUGGAGAACCACAGCAUCGACGUCCAGAGUCCUGGAGGUCAGUCCAAUGGCGAUGAGGCGGACGCCAACGACGAGCAGGUUCCCACGUUGCUGCCCAGCUGGAUGGCCGCCCUAAGCCGAGGGGGUGCGUCAGGGCCCCGGGGCUGCUCCCUGAACGGUCGCGCGCAGGCGUCGGGGCGUCGGCCGUCGUGGUCGCCGUCUUCGCCCCUCCAGGAUGAGCAGAGUAUGGAGAAGGGGGCUGCGGAUGGAGCGGGCGGGGCGGCCUUCGCCUUGGUCGAUCACAUCAAGACAGAGGUGGUGGAAGACGACUGAAAGGAGGUGACGUCAUCGUGUUCGUAUGCAAAUAUUUGAGCAAAACCCGGAUUACCUCCCACCACUUUCUGUCAGCCAACGUUAUGAUGAGAGUUCAUAAUGACUAAUGAGACGCUUGUCACACUGUGAUUUCAACGGUCUGGCCUCAAAAAUUCAUACACAAGCUUUUUGUUUUGUUUUUGGCGAAUGUGGCAUUUUAAUGCAGAAUAAUUCCACGCCAUAGAUUUCAAAACCAAACCAAACGUAAAAAAACAGAGAUUGUGUCAUGUGACCUGAAAAAUUGAUGAUCAAAAUAACAAAAAUUAUGGAUGCUAUAAUAUACGA